UAGAAUACAAUAUAGCUGUACAUAGUGCGCCUUUUGUAUAACACUGAACUGGUCGUGAAUUCUCGUGGCAAAAAAUAUUAUGCUAACAAAUCGUCCUCGAGUGAUUCGGAAAUGAAAUAGAAAUAUUUCAUCGGUGACGUAUGGGCAAUUUUUGACUUUGAACAAUCGCACCUUUAAUAAAAUAAAGCGAAGUGCUGGCUGCCUACACGUUUUGACUUCAAUAAUUUACGCCGUCAUCGUGUACAUUUUAACGGUCGGUUUGGACACACGGGUCUUAACGUGAACAGCGCAGCAAGUACACACCGUACAGACAAGGAUGUAUAAACCGUCUAAUGAUGAAUGUCCGUCGAUUCUUGGGUCCAUCGCAUUUUAUAUUUAAUACAAAUGUGCGGUACAGUCAUAAAACAUGCAGAAUUAUGGGCAUCGAAACUAGUUGUGAUGAUACAGGUUGUGCGAUUGUUGACAGUCAUAGAAAUAUAGUGUCCGAAUUUCUUCAUUCGCAACAGGAAACGCACAUAAACUUUGGAGGUAUUAUACCACCGAUAGCGAGAAACUUGCACAAAGAACAUAUUGAACGCGUUGUAACUGAGACAUUAAAACAGUCUCAUUUCACUUUACAAGAUGUGGAUGCUAUUGCUGUUACAAUCAAACCAGGUCUAUCACUGUCACUUUUAGUAGGCAUGAACUAUGCCAAACAUUUGUGUAGGAUAUCAUCAAAACCAUUGAUACCUAUUCAUCAUAUGGAAGCUCAUGCAUUAACAGCAAGAUUAACUGACGAAAACUUACAGAUGCCAUUUUUAGUUUUACUGAUAUCUGGUGGACAUUGUCUCUUGGCAGUUGUAAAAAAUGUAGAUACAUUUUUAUUGUUAGGUCAAUCUGUUGACGAUGCUCCAGGUGAAGCUUUAGAUAAGGCAGCCAGGCGUCUACAAUUGAAAAAUUUCAAAGAAUUUAGACACUGUAGUGGGGGUCAAGCAAUCGAAAGAGCAGCUACUAAAGGUGAUGCUAAAGCUAUUGACUUGGGUACAUUUAUGACUGGUUACAAAGAUUGUAAUUUCAGUUUUUCUGGCCUUAAGAAUACUAUAAGAACUCAAAUUCUAAAAUUUGAAAAGAAACAUGACAUAAAAGGAGAUGAAAUAAUUCCUGAAGUAUAUGAUUUGUGUGCUAGUAUUCAAUAUUCUAUUACCAAACACAUUUGUACGAGGGUGCAAAGAGCCAUGGAGUUUAUUGACCGUACAAAUAUGAUACCAAAAAACAACAGGACAUUGGUAAUAUCUGGAGGUGUAGCAAGCAAUAUGUUUAUUCGGAAAUAUUUAAAUGCUUUGUGCGAUGACAUGGCAUAUAAUUUAUCAGUACCGCCACCAGCCCUUUGCACUGACAAUGGAGUAAUGAUAGCUUGGAACGGAAUCGAAAAAUUUUCCAAACACCUUGAUAUCUUUAGCCAUGACAACUUGGAUAAAAUUGAUAUCCUGCCAAAAGCUCCAUUAGGAAAGGACAUAUCACAAGAAGUUUCAGAUAUGAACAUUAGAUGUCCAUCAGGGUUUUUCAACAAAUUAUACAACAGUAAUAAAUAAUAAUAAAUAUAAUAUAUAGAUUUUUAUUAGUUUUUAUUCCAAUAAAAUUUUAUUACAAAACAAUAAAAUUGAUAAACAGUUAAUA